GAGGAGGAAGUUUCUCCACAGCUGUUCACCUUCCAUGAAGUGGUUUCUCAGCUGGUGGAGAUGGAGGAGCAGGUGCUGGAGGACCACAGGGUGGUGUUUCAGGAGUCGAUUCGCUGGCUGGAAGACGAGAAGGUGCUUUUAGAGAUGACAGAAGAAGUGGACUAUGAUGUUGAAUCAUAUGCAACUCAACUGGAGCAGAUCCUGGAUCAGAAGAUAGACAUUCUCACUGAGCUGAGAGAUAAAGUCAAGUCUUUCCGUUGUGCACUCCAAGAAGAGGAACAAGCUAGCAAACAAAUAACCCCCAAAAGGCCUCGAGCACUUUAGGCACAUGCCAUCCAAUGUGUUUUUGUAAACCUGACUUUGUCCUCACACCGAGUUCAUGUAAUGAGAUCUGUUGAAAAAAGAGCUGAUUAACUCAGAUGUGAUUUUUAUGACUGUCUGUUCUCUUCAUCCAUCCGUCCAUAUGAAAAACCAAAGAGCUGACCAGUGUCGCUCUUUGAUCAACUACAUACAAGCCCUGGCAAAAAGUCUGGAAUCAGCAGUCUUGG